AUGAAACUCGAAGUCGCAACUUUAAUCUCGGCAGCUGCUGCUCACGGAAACUUUUGGGGACAUGGAGGUCAACACAUGUGGCGAGGAAACGGCUAUUUCCCGAUGAACAACCAUUUCGACUUCUAUCAGGGCAACAACUACAACCAGAUGGGUCGCUUUUACGGCAAUGACCGCUUUAUGGAUUACUACAACCGAUAUUGGGGAAAUAACCAAAUGCGCCACUCUUAUAACCAGUGGUGGCCACAGAACUGGUUCGGCGGAAACAACCAGUGGAACAUGAGCCCUGCUUACAACUUCUACGGAAACAACUGGAUGGGACGAUCAUUUUACGGAAACGAUCGAUUCUAUGACAACCAGUACUCUCGAAACUUCUACGGCAACAACAAUUACUGGAUGAACAACAACUACCGUUACAACAACCAGUGGAUGGAUCAAUACAACUACCAAGGCAACUGGAUGAACAACUACCGUUACGGCAUGAGCCCAGCUUACAACUUCUACGGCAAUAACUGGAUGGGACGAUCCUUCUAUGGAAACGACCGAUUUUACGACAACCAGUUUUCUCGAAGCUUCUACGGUCAUAACAACUACUACAACAACAACUACAUGAUGAACCGACACUUUGAUUCUCAGUUCUUCUAUGGAAACAACUACCACCGAUUCAACAACUACUACAACAACAACUGGAUGAGCUUUGGAAACAGCUUCUACGGACAGGAUUCUUUCUUCCAAAUGGCUGAGCAAUUUUUCUGGCGAAACUCGGAAUGGAACAGCGACAACGCCGACCGAGUUCUUCGAUCGUGGCAAGGAAAAUGGGAUCAGUCGAUGUUUCACUCCUUCGAAAUGUGCGGAAACGGCCAAUACGUCGACUACCAGAUGAUGGUUAACUGCCACUGGACUUCUGACUCGCACAUGAACAUGGACUUUUUCUCUCACUUUGCUCCUCGAUACAUCAGCAUGCAUUUCCAAUACUUCGACAUGAACCGAGACGGACGACUUAACCCAGAAGAGUUCCGACGUGCCUGGGCCGGAUUCUUCUCCACUGUCGGUUCCACCAUUGUUGACAUGUUCGACCGAGAUCACAACGACAUGAUCGACUCCUACGAGAUGCAUGAUUUCCAGUAUUACAUGAACUACUUCUACCCAUCAUCUUUCCAACACUCCCAAAUGAGCCGAUUCUUCAACAACCACAUGUACUCUUUCUCUAAGUGGGACAUGACCGAGUUCGCUCUCCAGAAUACUAACCGAUGGUGGUAA